AAACGCGCAGAAAAUUAAAGAAAACUUCUUCAAAAAGGACAGAGGCCAAAAAAACAGAGAAGGAAAACGCGCUAUAAAAUGCGGCCACCGCCCUCCGCCUCCCACCUCUCUCGCGUUCGAGGCGAAGCCGACGGCGAGCUCAGCAGCGCCGGCUGGCCCCUUCCUCGAGGUACAGGCAGAAUAGGUGUAAAUUAGAGUAAAACAUAGUGAUGUGGCGUCACUGGGUUUGCUGCAAUUGCCAAGUUGAUGAGUCUGAUAAGCGUGAAAAUAGGCAUAUCAAGGCCACAACCAACAAUGUCGAUGGUAUGACAAAGGGGCUGAAAGAUUCUGCUACUGGAAAAGUCGACCCACAAAAUGCUGCUCCCCCUAUCAAUAUUCCUGUUCUAUCCUUGGAUGAACUGAUAGAAAAAACUGAUGACUUUGGGUCAAAGGCUUUGAUAGGUGAAGGUUCUUAUGGGAGAGUGUACUAUGCCGUCCUUGAUAAUGGAAUGAAAAUGGCAGUGAAAAAACUUGAUUCUACUGAAAAUGAAGCCACCAAUGAAUUCUUGACCCAGGUUUCGUUGGUUUCGAGGCUGAAGCAUGAAAACUUUGUAGAUAUGUUGGGUUACUGUACAGAGCGUAAUCUUCGCAUUGUAGCCUUUGAAUUUGCCACCAUGGGUUCUCUGCAUGAUGUUUUACAUGGAAGAAAAGGAGUUCAAGGUGCUCAACCUGGCCCAGCACUUGAUUGGAUGCAACGAGUGAAAAUUGCUGUUGAUGCUGCCAAAGGACUUGAAUAUCUGCAUGAGAAAGUUCAGCCUUCGAUUGUCCAUAGGGAUAUUAGAUCAAGUAACAUCCUCUUAUUUGAGGACUUCAAGGCAAAGAUAGCAGACUUCAAUCUCUCAAAUCAGGCUCCAGAUAUGGCUGCCCGGUUGCAUUCUACUCGUGUGCUGGGAACCUUUGGAUAUCACGCACCAGAGUAUGCAAUGACUGGUCAACUAACCCAGAAAAGUGAUGUAUAUAGCUUUGGAGUAGUUCUCUUGGAGCUUUUGACAGGUAGAAAGCCAGUGGACCAUACAAUGCCUAGAGGACAGCAGAGUCUGGUAACCUGGGCUACACCAAGAUUAACUGAAGACAAAGUGAAGCAGUGUGUAGAUCCUCGGUUGAUGGGUGAAUAUCCAGCAAAAGGACUCGCAAAGCUCGCUGCUGUAGCAGCUUUGUGUGUGCAAUACGAAGCUGAGUUUCGCCCAAAUAUGAGCAUUGUGGUCAAGGCUUUAUCUGUGCUGCUCGUAAGUAAGCAGACUCAAACACCUGCACCACCAGUCCACUUGCCGUUGACAGUUGAUGCAUAGAAUUAACCAAAAAUGCCUGGAACAUCCUGAUUUGGACAGACAGUUCACUCUCUGCAAUAUCAGUUAGGCUGCAAAUAUGAUAGGAACAACAGCUUGGAUAAUGCACACAAAGGCUCAAUUCACCUCUCAGAUUUCAACAACUAACUGCAUGAAGGACGUCUUCAGUACUGCAAGGAGCAUCUGCAGUUCUGUAACAAUGUUCAUAUUUAUCUUUCAGGAGACCUGAAUUCUGAUGCAAGUCGGCAUUUUGGCUGGCUAUAGGAACUUCAUGCCUGUACUUGGGUCAAACAUAUAAACUGGAAUGUACAAGUCACAGGAAUUCGUUCAAAACAGCUUGGGUCUGUCAUUUGACGUGCUCUCGUUGACAGAUUUUACUCAGUGAGCUACAUGUAAUGUGGACUGCGAAACUGGCGCCUUAAAUUGAUUGCACAUAUCAUUGGCAA